CCCCCCAUGUUCUUUUCAUUCACACACAACACACACAUGCACUUACCUCUCUCUCUCUCUCUCUUUCAGAUUUUUUGUUGCAUUUUCCGAUGCCUAUUAUGAGUUUCAUCCUCUAAUCUCUUUUCAAUCCCUCUAAUUUAUUUCUUCUUCGCAUCAAAACACCACCCUUACUGUUUCUUCUCUCUUUAACUCUUUGUUCCUCUUUUGUUAGUCAUCUGAUGAAGAAAUAACAACCUUGAGAAGACGAAACUGCUUCUGGAAAAUGGUCUGUUGAUCAUAUGCUACACAUAUAUAUAUAACUUAAAAGGAGUUUUUACUGUUUAGGAGGAGGUACUUUGUAGAGAUGGGUUCAUGUGUUUCAGUCCACAAAGACCCGGAAGCCGCCAUUAAGCUCCGUUUUUCACUCGGGUCCAAAAACGAGAAGCUUGUGAUCCCCUCGCCGGUCAAAGAUAAGCCCGAUGCGGUCAACGUUGGGAAUCGUACGAUUGCUGACUUAGAACUCAAGUCUCAGUGGUCACCUGCUCGAUUUACCGCUGGUAACAACGAUGAAGCUUUCUUUGAUUCCCAACCUUGGUUAGAGUCAGAUUGCGAAGACGACUUCUUUAGUGUUAAUGGGGAUUUUACACCAUCUCGUGGAAAUACUCCAGUCCACCACAAGUUCUCCUUGGGAAACCUACAAGUAAAUAAGGCCCCUGUUGCCGAAGGAAUGGUUGGUUCCAUACCCCAACCAUCUCCUCCUGAUAAGAAAAAGAAACUUUCAGAACUGUUUAAAGAGAGCCUGCGAGAUGAUCAACACAUUGAAGAGGAAACUGCAGCAGAAAACAAAGAUGUGGCUCCUGAAAAGGUGGUACCUGAGGCAACAAGCCUAGUGCAACCACCAAAAUCCACAAAUGAGACCCCAUACCUGUCAGGAGCUAACUCUGGGAAUAGUAGUGAAAGAACUCCCAAUGGAGUACGCAAAGCAGAGGACAAGUCGGUGAAAUCCGCGCAAUGUUGCAUUCCGAGGUUACUUUCAAGUCGUAGCUUUAGUGAAAGGAGAAAGAGGACGAGCCCCGCUCCCAAUGUUGGCUGAUGCCUCGGUUCAAAAUUUUGGCAAACAAUGUAUAUUGUGAGAGGCAAACAAUGAAAUUAUUUAGUUCAAUCACUUAUAACAAUGUGGAUGAACACACAUAUGUACAUCAGGCAAUUGUACUAGUAUUAUUGCCGAACUCCAUUGGUGUAAAGCAGAUAAGCUACAAUUGCUGAAUAAAGCAUCUCAUGAUGAUGGAGUACCAAAUUGGAACAUAGA